AUGAUUGUGCCACGAGUUUUCGCUCCCCUUCUGUUGGCCCUCGGCGCCUCUGCCCAACAGUUUGGAUGUGGAACUGCCGAUCCGGACAGCGAGCACAUUGGCAUGUCCAAGGUUCUCGCCGCUCAGGAGGCACGCAGAGGGGGCUCAGGGAACCUCACUGAGCGCGCCACCAUCAAUGUUGGCGUUUACUUCCACGUCGUGGCUCAGUCCCAGACCGUUGCCGGCGGAUACCUCACGGACAAGAUGUUGUCUGACCAGCUGGCCGUCAUGAACACGGACUUUGCCCCUCACGGUAUUUCCUUCAACCUCCUCGGCACGGACCGCACCGUCAACCCAAACUGGGCCGUCGACAACGACGAGCUGGCGAUGAAGACGGCUCUCCGCAAGGGCAGCUACUCCAACUUGAACGUCUACUUCCAGACUCGCCUGACGGACAACGCCCUGGGCUAUGCGUACUUGCCGACCUCUGUCACGUCUGGCAGCGCUGCGUUCAGGCGCGACGGCGUGUCGCUCAACGCGCAGACGGUCCCCGGUGGCUCCCAGACCCGCUUCAACCUGGGAAAGACGGCCACGCACGAGGUCGGCCACUGGCUCGGUCUGUACCACACGUUCCAGGGCGGGUGCACGGGUAACGGCGACUUCAUCGCCGACACGCCGGCUCAGGCGAGCUCCUCGUCCGGCUGCCCCGUUGGCCGUGACUCGUGCCCCAGCCAGCCUGGCCUGGAUCCUAUUCACAACUAUAUGGAUUACUCCGACGAUUCCUGCUACGAGGAGUUUACGCCCAACCAGCAGGAGCGCAUCUACAGCUUCUGGAACACGUAUCGUGGUUGA